ACAUAGAAAUUUUUUGUUCCAUAUUUCCCAUAGGACCCAUGUAUAUUUUUGAGAUUGCAAUUUGUUUAAAAAUUACAGGUGCUUGCUCAAAGUUGACUGAAUAACUAUUUCUGCCCCCAGAAUUGCUAAUUUAUGAGAAACUGUAUUACUUUGAAAACGAAGAAAAAAUUGAAAUUUUCAGGAUUUACCCUUUUCUCAUGUAGAAACCUUCCCACCAAGUUUCAUCAAAACCUGAGAUGGUGCAUGUGGGAACCAGAGAAAGUUUGGAAUUCUUUAAAAAUUAACUAAAAGGAUUUUCUCAAAUACUUGUCAUAUUUUGGAUCAAGUAUACCAGGAAGUGGUAUGGCAAAUCUUUUAUUUGGUGUGGAUAAAGCUGUUCCAAAUCAAACUCGUUGUCGGACAAUGUGAAGCGCCAAUCGAAGACCCAGUUUCUGAUUUUUCUUCGUAAUUUUAUGUCGAUGUCGAUGGAGUUCAGCUGUCGAUGGAGUUCAGCUGUAGAUGGAGUUCAGCUGUUGAUGGAGUUCAGCUAUUGAUGGAGUUCAGAACAGGUUGUCCAUGGGAGUUAAUGCAGAUGAUCUGGUUCUCAUAGCAGAGUCGAUGGAAGAAUUAGUUGAAAAUUUUGAGAAGUGGAAGAAGGGACUAGAAGAGAAAGGGCUAAGGAUGAACACAGCAAAGUCUAAAGUCAUGAUUCACGAGCCCAACGAUCGACUUGCGAAUCCCUUGGAGCAGACCUCUCCAGCAUAUUGCCCCGUGGGAAUGUUUUCACACACCGCACUUUAGCCUCAUUUAUCACAAAGUGAACAGAACACCCAUAAGGACAGACUAAAUUACAGGCGCGCUACUACUUGGAAAAAGUUCAGAGAGUUACUUCCUCUGUUGACUAGCAGAGUCUUGCUAAUUGAGUUACAAGGUAGGUUAUAUGGGGCCUAGUGUUAUGUUGUACUGUAGUGAGACAUGGGCAGUGAAGCAGGAAGAUCUUAAGCGUUUAGAAAGGAAUAAUAUGAGAAUGGUUAGGUGGAUGUGUAACGCCAGUCUGAGAGACAGAAAGAGUUCAGAUGAGUUAAGAAGCAGGCUAAGUCUCCGUAGAAUUAAAGAUGUUAUCCAGAUAAGAAGAUUGAAUUGGCUGGGGCAUUUGGAAAGAAUGGAGGGGGAUAAUUGGGUAAGAAAGUGUAGAGACUUCAUAGUUCCUGGGGCAAAGCCCAGAGGCAGACCGAGAAAGACUUGGCAGGAGGUUAUAAGGACAGACUUGAUACAGAGGAAGUUGAGUUUAGAUCUAACACAGUCUGGAUCAGAUUGGAAGAGGGUCAUUAAUAAACCCCGUCCAACCCAUGCUAGCAUGGAAAACGGACGUUAAGCCGAGAAUGAUGAUGAUGAUGAAUUUUAAAAUAAUUUUUGUGAUUAAGGCUUUUUACGUAAAAUGUGGAGCUUUUUUUUGCUAAUUGACAGCUCUCAAAAAGAAAAAACAAGUCUAAUCUUAAAUAAUUUUUGAAUAAUAUAGAUAUCAUCAGUCUGAACACCAUUGCAUUGUUUACUGAAAGAUAAAAACAGAAUUAACACAAAUUGUACUAUCUUAAGCCACAGUUUCAAUGAAACUUUGGAAAAAGGUUUUGUAUAUAACAAACUAUUAGAUAGAGGUUGUAUGUUAAAGAAUAGUUUUUCUUUUAGAUAGCACAAAACUAAAUAUGUCAAUACUGUUUGACCAUGAUGAGGAUCCCACACAAAAAAGAAAGAAAAGGUAUUCUCAGAAACAACGUCAGUCGUCAAGUAAAGAAACAGCAAGCAACUAUGAUGACUUGCUUGUAUUUGGAUAUCAUUGUAAACUGUUUCGUGAUGAUGAUGCUGCAGAGGAUAUAAACAGAGGCAAAUAUUUAAUUCCUUGGAUGGGAAACAAAGAUCUUUUGAUUGACAGAUAUGACUGCCGUGGCCAUCUUUAUCGACUUGAAGAUUUUGACUUUAAACAUUUCCCAGGAAAGACAACUGGGUUGUCCACGGAGGAGAUGGAUAUUGAAAGUGUUUGUGAUGAGGAGCGAUACAAGGAUUUAACACAAGAUAUGAUAGAGGCUAACAUACUGGAAGAGGAGGAAGAGAAACGUAGCCAUGCACUUUAUGAUCCAAACACAGCAUAUCAAAGUAUAGGAUAUUCAUAUGGGGAGAGCAAUAACGAUGGAAAAACAUUAUCAGAGUACAAGUUUGAUAAUGAAACAUAUGUUCAAUAUUGUCAGUACUAUGGCUACGAUCCUGAUGAUCCCAAUAUUAAAGCAUAUUUUCAAGGCCAAGGCUAUCAAUAUGACUAUGAAAGGCCUCCUCCUCCACCAACUGUAUCGACUGCUACAGAAAAUGCUGAUAAAUCUAAAGUUGAGUUAGAAAAAUUUGAACCUCCUGAAGGGCUGGAAAUACCUGACAAUAUUGAAGUGCCGGAAACUCGAAAAAUGCAAUCCAUUAUUGAGAAGACAGCAUUUUUUAUUAGCAAACAAAGUGGACAAAUGGAGAUCGUCUUAAAAACGAAGCAAUCAGGAAAUCCUCAGUUCGCGUUUCUUAACUUUGACAAUUAUUUAAAUCCCUACUACAAGUUCAUUCUUGGAAAAAUUAAGGAAGGUGUAUUUAAACCAGCAGAGGAACCAGCUAAAGAAGAAUUAAAGAAUCAAAAGGAUUCUGAAAAUGAAACAAGUGAUGAAGAUGAUGACGAUGGAGAACUGCACCCUUUGCUUCAAGCACAUCGCAGACCUGUCGUGAAAAAGGAAACUUCACCUGAACCAGUAAAAAACACUUACAUUCCAAAGACGAAAACAACUGGUAGGGUAGAGGAUCUAGCCAAGGUUUACUUCUCAACAAAAUAUACCCAAAACGAGACAGAACAAGAAAAAGAGGAAAGUUAUGAUCAGCACUACAAUGCACCAAGUCACCCAUCAAACAACAAUAUUAAUUAUGAUUAUAGCCCACAAGCAGACCAGUUUCAGUAUGGACAUCAAAACUCUUAUAAUGAACCUGUUCCUCCUCCUCCUCAACCAUAUAUGAUGACACAACCCGAAAUUCCACAUAUGAUACCACCCACGUCACCUCCACCACGUCCCAUGCAAAGUGAGAUGUUUGCACCACAGCAACAAAUUGAUCAAUUUCCACCAGACCCCAGAUAUUUGCAGGGAGGAAUGUUUCAACAUCCAACAGCAUUAUUGAGACCAAAUCCUCCAUUUCAACAAGCCAUACCUCCAGCUCAACAUGUAUUUUCUAGUUCACAACCUGUUCUUUUACCACCUGGAGUGGAUGUGCCGCCUGGCGUUCCUAUAGGUCCGAUGCAGCCACCUGGGCUUAACUUGCAAAGACCGACUCUACCAACUUAUCAAAAUACACCUCCUAUCGUUCCAAGACAACCUUAUGUAGGCGGUAUACCAGGACCUUCAGCCAAUCAAACACUACCUCAACUCGCCCAUGACGUACAUCCUAAAUUUCAACCAAUUGAUGAUGUCAGCUUGUUGCCACCGGGAGUAGAAGUAGAAAGAAAUUCUUUGGAACAACCAAGCCUUCCGCCACCUCCACCUCUACCACCACCGCCAAGCAUUGAGGAAAUCAAAAAACAGGUUUUGCAAACGCCAGCUUCAAAUACUUCAUCACAUCAACCAAGUGAGGAUCAAGUGAAGCAUGGCCCUACUCCUUUAGAGAAAAUACUCGAGAAAAACACACGUCGAUACGAGCCGUCGCCGUUACUGUCGGAGAUACUACAGAAGAGAAGUGUUAACACCAAUCAAGAAAUUGUCAACAGCGAUAGAACAGAAGACACGUCGUCGUCUUCUAAAGACGUAGAACAAGGCUAUGUCCUUCAUCCUGACACUUAUAAUGCGUACAAUAAGAGAUUGCCUGAAGAAACUAUAGAAUAUGGUAAUUCAACAGACAAUACGAAUGACUCGCCCUCACUUUUUUACCAAACUGAGGACGAGUCGCUAGAUGAGACACAAUUUUCUGUUGUUAGAAAACCUGUGUUAUACCCUACCACGUCAAAGGAGAACUCGCCGCCACCAAUCCAAAAGACUUCACAUGCAGCUAAAACUCGCUCUAAAAAGAUAAAGAAAGAGAGUUCUAAAACGCAGUUAGACUCUCCUUUUGACGUCAUGCAGAAAGCUUUGAAAGCUAUCCAACAACCGGUGGUAAAUACUCCUCCACAGAUGCCUACUUCAACUAAGACUGGGGAAGUGGUUCCGCCCAGUUCCGAUUUGCAAAGCGUUAUUGAUAGACUUGCACUAUAUGUGGCAAAAAAUGGAGAAGAGUUUGAGGCAGGGAUAAAAGAGAAAAAUGAUCCGCGCUUCGAUUUCUUGAACCCUUGGAAUAUAUACCACAAUUAUUAUCUACAGAAGAAAAAAGAGGAUGUGAAUGAAAUCGAAAAACAAAAGAAAGAAGAUGAAGAGCGGAGAAAAAGUCUCAAGGUUAGUUUCGGAUUAAAAAGCAAAGUGAAGCCGGCAGUAGUAGCAAAGACUAAAGCUGUCGCUCACACUGCUGCUAUUUUUAACGCACAUGAUGACGACGACGAAGAAGGAGAUAGUAGCGAAAGUAAAGAUGGCUUCCAACCGAAAAGAGAAACAGAAAUGAAGAAGAAACUACAAAAGCAAAUCGAGGAGAAAGAAAAACUUUUACGUCAACUGCAAGAGCAGGCGUUGCUGCAGCAUAAAAUUUCUGAAGUGAAUCGACAAGCUGGUCGUUUUUCACAACAAACACUCACUCCACAACAACAAGCACAUUUGAAACGAAAACUUCAGACAGAUAACUUGAAGAAAGAGGAUGCUUCACUCAAGGAUAAACGACAAAAGAAGGCUGCAUCGUUUGUUGAGAUGUUAAAGCAGAACAAAUUUGGAGAGAGUGCCAGUGAAAACUCUACCGACGAAGAUGCAACUGUUGAUGAUCUGUUAAGAAAACGACAUUUCAAGGAGACAGAAAGCAGUGCUGAUGCUUCAGGUAGCAAUAAAAAGAACGCGUUUUUCAAAGCCAUCAAUCAAGCCUUUAACAACGAGUAGCACAUGUGCAGAAAUAUUCGAUAAAUGACGUUGUUGGAAACACACAAGAAGACGAGUAGAGUUCCACAUAGCAAUAUCUGAGACAAGUUCAGAUUUCCUUUCUGCAAAAUUGAUUCCUGGUGUCGUAGUAUUGUAAACUUAACUGGCAUCAGUUUGUUGGAACCUAAUGCAAUACAUCCGUUCAUGUAAAUGAACUCCGAAACGUUUUAUAGAAAUUUUAUAUUUAAUUUCCGAAUGAAUACUGAAGUAUUUAUAUGUGGAAAUAUAGUUUUUAAUAAAAUACCACAUCAAUAUA